UUUCUUUUUCUAUACAUUUGUGAUCGGUGGUGUUGGUCUGGAUUUUAAUUUAUUAGACGUGGUGCUGAGGAUUUUAGGGCGCAAGUGCGCAGCGCCCUAAAGGUCACACAAAUAACAACAACAUCAAAAUCACUUCCGAUGGCACCUACUGCAGUGCUUGCUUUACGCAGCGCGGCGCUUAAGUCCAUGGAUUUCUUCCGUGAAAUACACAAACGAGCGUUUAGUAAUAAAUUUCUACUGGUUACCAAUGUCGGCAUUUCGUUGAGCUUGAGUACGGCAGGCGAUCUGUUAGAACAACAUUACGAAAUGUAUAGCGGCGAUUUAAAGGAAUGGGAUAGAACACGUACUACUAAUAUGGGAAUUUCUGGUAUGGGUGUUGGCGUGAUCUGUCACUAUUGGUAUAAGUUUCUGGAUCGACGCAUGCCAGGACGCACAAUACGCGUAGUUAUGCAGAAAAUUGUUUUGGAUCAAUUUAUUUGCUCACCACUUUACAUAUCCGCUUUUUUCAUGACAAUGGGCGCAUUAGAAGACAAAUCCAUUGAAGACACUUGGCUAGAGAUGAAACAAAAGGCAUGGAAAUUGUAUGCGGCUGAAUGGAUGGUGUGGCCACCAGCACAAUUUGUGAACUUCUAUUGGUUGCCCACACGAUAUCGUGUAUUCUACGAUAACAUCAUAAGUUUAGGAUAUGACGUUUAUACAUCGCAAGUGAAAAACAAUGAUUAAACAAUAUACCUACCUAUGUUUAUAUACAUAUAAUGGACCAUCAGUUGAACCAUUGUUAUUGGUAUCAUAUGUGACAAUAUAAAUGUUAAUACUAAGCAAAUGAGGCGCUAAGCAAUCGUGAGCUGUGACAAUUCUCAGUGGAUUUUUAUA